AUGUCGGACCUGACGAAGCAGUUUGGAAAGGGCCAGAGGACUGUGCCGGCCCAGAAGGCCCAGAAAUGGUACCCCGUUGAUGACGAGUCGCAGGUCAAGAAAGUCCGCAAGGCUAUCCGUCCCGCCAAGGUCCGCGAGAGCCUCCAGCCCGGUACCGUCUUGAUCCUCCUCGCCGGUCGCUUCCGUGGAAAGCGUGUCGUUCUCCUCAAGCACCUCGAGCAGGGUGUCUUGCUCGUCACCGGUCCCUUCAAGAUCAACGGUGUUCCCCUCCGCCGUGUCAACGCCCGCUAUGUGAUCGCCACCAGCACCCGCAUCGACAUCAGCGGUGUUGACGCCCAGACCGUUGAGAAGGUCUCCGCUGCCGACUACUUCACCAAGGAGAAGAAGGCUGAGAAGAAGACCGAGGAGGCUUUCUUCAAGCAGGGAGAGAAGCCCCAGAAGAAGCAGGUUGCCAGCGCCCGUGCCAGCGACCAGAAGGCCAUCGACCAGUCCAUCCUGGCCGCCGUCAAGAAGGAGAACUUCCUUGGCAGCUACCUCGCCUCCAGCUUCAGCCUCCGCAACGGUGACAAGCCCCACGAGAUGAAGUGGUAG